AUGGCAUCAAACAUUAUACAAAUGCAAUCCAGCUGGGCUCCUCAACGACUAUCCUAGUCGUACAGAUAGUAACAGAAAAGAGUACACGAAGCUAAAAUGCAGUCAUUACUUUCAGGAACAUCAAACAAUUUCGUAUUCAAGCCAUACACAAACCUCUUUUCAAGCCAUCCAACAAGAAUCAAACCACAUGGACUCGCCUUCUCACUUAAAUCUCAACUCCAACCAAGCUCACAAACCCCGCAAAACAAACCCAUUUGGCCACUCAUUUUGAAGCCUAAAUUCGGUAGAAAAUCAGCAAACCAACUUCAUUGUGGCAUUUCAUCAAACGAUUUGAGUACCGGUUCUAAAAGGGGUUUGAGGGAGUGGAUUGAUGUGAUUAGUGACGCAAUAUCUACAGCAUUUCCGAUAUGGGUAUCUUUGGGUUGCCUAUUAGGUCUCCUAAGACCAACUGCUUAUAAUUGGGUCACUCCCAAAUGGGUCGGUAUUGGCCUUCCUCUUACAAUGCUUGGUAUGGGUAUGACACUUACACUUGAUGAUCUUAGCAACGCUUUUGCUAUGCCUAAAGAGGUGCUCUCUGGCUUUGUGCUCCAGUACUCGGUGAUGCCAAUAUCAGGGUUUCUAGUGAGCAAGCUAUUGAAUCUGCCAUCUUACUAUGCAGCUGGUCUCAUAUUGGUUGGUUGCUGCCCAGGCGGAACAGCAAGUAACAUUGUCACUUAUAUUGCCCGUGGAAAUGUGGCGCUUUCAGUAUUAAUGACUGCAGCGAGCACUUUUGCAUCUGUGGUGAUGACCCCAUUUCUGACAGCUAAACUGGCUGGGCAAUAUGUUGCAGUAGAUGCCACUGGACUCUUAGUGUCAACCAUGCAGGUCGUGCUGCUUCCUGUACUUGUUGGUGCAUUUCUAAAUCAGUAUUUCCAGAGCCUGGUUAAAAUUGUAUCUCCCUUGAUGCCACCCAUUGCUGUGGGAACUGUUGCUGUUCUGUGUGGAAACGCAAUUGCCCAGAGUUCUUCUGCAAUCCUUAUGUCUGGCCGACAAGUGGUGCUUGCUGCAUUUCUCCUUCAUGCGUGUGGUUUUUUCUUUGGAUAUUUGCUUUCAAGAAUGCUAGGGCUUGAUGUGGCAUCAUCACGGACCAUCUCGAUUGAGGUUGGCAUGCAGAACUCUGUGCUCGGUGUUGUUCUUGCUACAAAGCAUUUUGGUAACCCGCUUACAGCAGUGCCGUGUGCUGUUUCUAGUGUCUGCCACUCAAUCUUUGGUAGUGUCCUGGCCGGAAUUUGGAGACGCAGUGUGCCUGCCCAGAAUGAUGAUUGACAUGACAUCUAGAAACUCGAUAAGCAGUAGCUAGUGACGUGGGCCUUUCAUGGUUGAUUUGAGAAAUGUGGAAUGCCAUAUUUUUCAGUAACAUUAUGAUUACAAAUUUUGAGAUUUAUUCUGUGUUUGAACUGUGGACUUUGCACUACAGACUUGUAAUGUACCCCCAUCUUGUUAGUAUUUGGCAUUUGAAAUGUGUCUAGGUUUUGUAAUUUCAGAGUACAAUAUUGAGGACAACGGAAGUUUUUAUGAAUUGACCUUAUUGUGUGCA